AUCACGGAAUUAAGACGUCGGUCGUGGCCAGUGCUUUGGUCGGAUCGGUCGGUCGGUUUCGUGUUUCUUUAUCGCACACGAUUUCUCUCGCAUCUUCUCUCCCAUUGGGGAGGACCCCGGAAUGGUUGGGUUGCGAUUUUUUGGCCGGCAAACGGCAACGCUUACAAACGGUGCUGCUCGUGGCGCGUCAGUCAUGAUCCUGCAGUCCACGAGGACGGUCGGUGUGGUAAAUUACUAAAGAAACUGUUCAGUGCAAAGAUUUAUUUCUGACCUACCGGCGGAACAGAAGUUAACUUGGUCAUGGUUCAGCCGAAAAUGCUCCCGGCGACCGGCAUAUGUUCUUUAUGCAACGCAGGCUAACCGGCGGCUCAAGUGGGGACAAUAUCUUCCGCUCGGUGUGACAUGAAUGAGAUGCAGUUUAGAUGCAAGGAAAUAGUUUCUUCCGGUCGUUUGAAGCAUUCAGAAAUUAGUCCCAUGAGCGAACGGUCAUAAAAAAAAGUAAAACAGUUUGAGAGGUGCGAAUUGAAAUUAAGAAUGUCAUUUCGUGGAAAGUGCUAAACGGAAAGGGAUAAAAGAAAACAAAAAUUGCAUAAGGAAAAAGUGAACUGAAUCGAUUAAACAAAUAUGUUCUCAUAAAUAAUAAGAUUAUGGUAAUUGAGUGUUUAGUGUAAACGACGAAUGGCUGUUCGUUCUGUUUUAUGAUCCCAGUUUUUAUUGAAUCAUAAUCGUACACAGCUUCGCGUCGGUUUCUGCCGUUAAUUCUACAAAAUGUGGUGAAGACAGUGGAGACGAGAUACUAAAUAAAUUGUUUACCAGAUCAGCAUCGAGUGCUGGAACCAACCCGCUAAAGAACAUCUGCGGCACGAGAAAUUCCAAAUUCAUGACUGAAGAUCAGCUACCGUUUGACAUCUGUUGAUUCCUCAGACAAAUUGCCCACUAAUGCAGUGCCUCUGAGCAUUGAUAUGGAACAAUGUUGCCACUUCUCACAUGGGCAUAUCUUCGCCAAUACGCUGUUCACAAUCAUCAUCAUCACCAUCAGCAGCAUCAACUCAAUCCGCAGCCUGAACAGCAUUCCAACAUAUCGCAACAUCACGACUUCUACGCGAAUCUCAGACACUUAAGCACCACGCAUCAUGCUCCCGGCCGGGACAGCCAAAGCCGUCAAUAUCGAUAUAACAUCGAUUCCAUCGAUGAUCGGAGAGUGAACCUCCUCAACGCAACAUAUCCCUCGCUGUCAGCAAGCGCAACCGAAGAAGUUGUAGAGGGGCCCCUUGUUGUGGGUGGAAUUGAGCCCAUAAACCUAAGCCACACUCACAUCAAUGGGAGUAGCUCCUUUAUCAUGCAGCUUAGUGAUAAUAGCAACCAUUUAUUGAUAACCCAACAGAGCACCUUCAUCCGAGUGGGUGGCGGAAGGCGCACCGGAUCAUCAGAAGAUCUCCAAACGGUAGUGGCUGGUAGUGUGAACGGAAUUGGUGCUGAAGACGAUAGUGUGGUACGUCCUUCCGGAGCAGGUGAAGCGGAGGAUGCGUUGAGUAUGAACAUCACCCCAGCACUUUCACAGGUUUUAUUAGCGCCAACGUCGUCAAGUGGAUCCGGAACUGUCAUAUCGGCUGUUGCCGCAGCGGCCACCAAAGUCGGCACUUCCAGCGAAAACGUGACGAGUGAGGAGAUAAAUUCUUUUUAUUUUUACGAGACUGAGCAAUUUGCAGUAUUAUGGGCCCUUUUCACUGUCAUAGUUCUGGGAAAUUCAGCGGUGCUGGUAACUUUGUUGCUGAACAAGAACAGGAAAUCGCGGAUGAACUUUUUUAUCAAGCAGCUUGCGAUAGCAGACCUCUGCGUGGGUUUGCUGAGUGUGCUGACGGACAUCAUUUGGCGGAUGACGAUAUCAUGGAAAGCCGGAAAUGCUGCAUGCAAGGCAAUUCGAUUCGCCCAAGCCAGCGUAACGUAUGCCUCCACCUACGUCCUCGUCGCGCUCAGCAUCGAUCGAUACGAUGCCAUCACACAUCCGAUGAAUUUCUCCGGUUGCUGGAAUCGUGCCCGCCGGUUAGUCGCUGCAGCUUGGAGCUUAAGUGUUCUGUUCUCACUUCCAAUUUUCUAUCUCUAUGAGGAACGUUCAAUACAGGGAAGAAAACAAUGCUGGAUCGAUUUGGUGGACCCUUGGCGGUGGCAAGUCUACAUGUGCUGGGUGGCCAGUUCACUCUUUGUUCUGCCAGCUCUGAUUAUUUCAGCUUGUUAUGCAAUCAUUGUCAAAACGAUUUGGGCCAAGGGAGCAAUUAUGGGUCCAAUUGAUCGAACCCGCAAUGGAAUGGCGGAUUUGGCCAGCAGAAGGGCCAGCUCCCGGGGAAUCAUUCCGAAGGCUAAAAUAAAAACUGUCAAGAUGACGAUUGUGAUAGUUAUCGUGUUCGUUCUCUGCUGGUCGCCGUACAUCGUGUUCGACCUGUUACAAGUGUUUGGACAGAUUCCGGAAACCCAAUCCAACAUAGCGAUAGCAACGUUCAUCCAAAGCCUGGCCCCUCUCAAUUCGGCGGCCAAUCCACUCAUCUAUUGUUUGUUCUCAACUCAAGUUUGUCGCAUGAUAAAGAGACUUCCUCCCUUCCGAUGGCUGCUCGCAUCCAAAUGGUGUUGUCAAAAUACGGAUAGCGGUUCACGUGGAGCAAUGCGUAAUGGAGCAGCACUGAAUGGCGGCACGAGAAUGCAAAAUCACAACAGCAGCGAUUCCAUGCGGACAUUGACCACUUCUCUAACGAUAUCUCAGAGAUCCUGUGUCCGACCUUCGCGGGUCGUUAUUGUCGAGCGCCCGAAAGUGGUACUCGCAAUGUCGGAAGUUUAAAUGCCCUUCUAAUGAUUGCCCAGUGCUGAUAAUAAUAAUAAUGAUAGCAUUAAGUCUUUUUGAUAUAAACUUUAAGUAUUUAUUGCCCUGUAAAUAAGACUGUGUACUAUAGAUGUUGAAAAAGAACGAAUUUGAAACAGCUUUUAUAAAAAGGAGUGACCACUAUUUUCCCACGGAAAUAAAACAAACGUUCUUACGGCGUGCUGUGACUUACCCAGAUCGGUUCCGGAAAAUUAGCUGAUAAUGAGCGCGGAAAGAUAUAAAACUGUCGGAGCUUCCAUUUGCUACGAUUAAAAUGAUAUAUUGCAUGAGUUUGUGGAUUGUAACAACAAACAGGGAGACAGGGAAAGGCAGAGAAAGAGAGUUGUACUAAUGGUUGCAGCGGGAAUAUCUUAAGGAUAUUCAAUGACGAGAAGAAAAAUUGAGAGAAUAAACGCAUAAAGCGAGAAGAACAAUUAAGUUCAAUGUGUCCGAGCUUUGACCUGGCUGAAAGGAAAUGGAAGCAAACGAGAAUGACUUGUUCCCUUUUUAUGUUUGAAAUAAGGAAACAGAGUCGCAGAUACGAAACAAAAGCCCUAACGAAGCUAAACGAAUAACAAAUUGUUAACAUGUUUUCUUCAACUCGGAAGAUGCGCAUAAUUAAUGUUCAUGAAUGUGUGACAUGUUCGUUGCCACGAAUGGUUAAAGCUACAUAUGUAUUCAUGUGCAUAUGUUUCAUUCAUGUUAUAUUCAUUUCUAAACUGCAGCAGAGUGGACAUCAUAUAUGCAGCAAAUGGUGUGAGCUGAAGAAUAAAAAAAUAUAUAUAUACAU